GAGACAUCUUCGUUUUUGUUUAGAUCUCUGUCAGUUUCCGCUUUCUCAUUUCCGUACACAAAAGCUCUGCUGAUGACGUGUACACACUGCUUCGUCGUUAGCUGGCUAGCUUAGCCACCUGUUAGAGUACAAGGGGAUAAAAUUAAAAGGAUUGAAAGAAAACUAAGGACACAAGGCGUUUCAGCGAAUCCAUAAAAAUGGAGACGCUUUACCACCAGACCAACAAACAAAUCCAGGAGGUGCAGUCUCAAAUGGGAAACCUGGAAAGGACAGACCGCGAAUCAGUUCACUUGUUGGAGAAUGAACUACAGGCUAGAAUCGACCAGAUCUUCACUCAUCUGGAACGCCUCGAGAUUCUGGCCAGUAAAGAACCACCAAACCGCCGCCAGAAUGCCAAACUACGAGUGGAUCAGCUGAAGUAUGAUGUUCAGCACCUGCGGACUGCUCUCCAAAACUUCCAGCACAGACGUUACACCAGAGAAGCCCAGGAGAGAGAGAGGGAGGAACUCCUGAGCCGCACCUUCACCACAAAUGAUGCGGAUACCUCCAUCCACAUAGAUGAGACCUUACAGUUAAACACGAGCCUGCACAAUGCACACCGAGGCAUGGACGAUCUCCUGGGCAGCGGCAGUAGCAUCCUCAAUGGCCUCAGAGAUCAAAGGUCAACUCUCAAGGGGACGCACAAGAAGAUGCUGGAUGUAGCUAACAUGUUGGGUCUUUCUAACACAGUUAUGAGACUAAUAGAAAGGCGAGCCACGCAGGAUAAGUUCAUCAUGAUUGGAGGCAUGUUGUUGACCUGCGUCUUCCUGUUCCUCGUCAUCAGAUACCUGGGCUGACCACGCCUAGGUACUCAAUCAGAUGUGGACAUUUCAGGAAAACAUCAUCCCACAGGAUAUGAAAUUUAAAGUGAUUUUAAUAAAAGGUGCCAUUGUU